UGAAGGUCAUCGUCCGAACUUGUUCCAAAGGAAUUGGAUUCCAAUAAUUUAUUCCAAAGGAAUUGGAUUCCAAUAAUUAAAGUAUAUAUUUAGCAUCCAUUAGAAUUUAUAUGAUGCGUUUUGAUUUUAAUUAUUGAUCCUCGUCUUGUUUUCCAACUAUUGGGAAUUUAGGAGGGGAUAGGUAGACAUGGGUUGCGACAAAGUGUCCAAUUCAAAGCCCAUCAAAGAUAAAUGGGUCUAAAAAUCAAGCCCAUAAAUCUUAGAUUUGGGCCUCCUUUUCGAGGUAUAUUUUUUUUUCGUCUGGGCCCAAGUCAUCAAUGCCAAUCCGGCGACACACCCCCCCGGGCUCUGCCCUUUCCCCUCGGUUUUCAUCUGUACAAGACGUUGAGUUUGAGCUCCAUAACUGUGGAAAGAAUGGCGACUUCUCUAGCCCGCAUCUCCAGAAAAGCCCUAACCUCCACGAUCUCCCCGCACCGCUACCUCCUUAAUCACACCUUAUCCGCUGAGGCAUCAACCAAAUCGAUAACGCCGUCGCCCGAUCGAGUCAAGUGGGACUAUCGAGGUCAGAGGCAGUUAAUCCCGUUGGGCCAGUGGCUCCCCAAGGUCGCUGUCGAUGCCUAUGUGGCACCCAAUGUCGUCCUAGCGGGUCAGGUCACUGUCUGCGAUGGAGCGUCAGUUUGGAGUGGAUCGGUUCUUCGGGGAGAUCUCAACAAGAUCACAGUCGGGUUCUGCUCUAAUGUUCAAGAGCGAUGUGUAAUUCAUGCCGCCUGGAACUCCCCUACAGGACUACCAGCAGAGACAUCCAUUGAAAGGUUUGUGACAAUUGGUGCGUAUAGUCUCUUGCGGUCCUGCACAAUUGAGCCAGAAUGCAUCAUCGGACAGCACUCUAUCCUUAUGGAAGGUUCUUUGGUGGAGACACACUCAAUCCUUGAAGCAGGGUCUGUAGUUCCCCCAGGGAGGAGAAUUCCAACUGGCGAACUUUGGGCGGGAAAUCCAGCAAGGUUUGUAAGGGCUCUAACACAUGAAGAGAAUUUAGAAAUCCCUAAACUUGCUGUUGCAAUUAACGAUCUCAGCAAAAACCAUUUCUCAGAGUUUCUCCCCUACUCCACAGUAUAUUUAGAGGUUGAGAAUUUGAAGAAGAAGUUAGGUAUUUCUAUCUGAUGCUUUUCACUGUCAUCUUUCUAUGCACUGGCUAAUUGCAAAGAAAUAAAUAGCUCGAGAACACAUAAAGCAAGCUUCCAUGUUUCUAUUGUUUGUAUUUGAUGUUGUUGGCUGUUGAAAGUGCUGGUUGUGAAUUUCAACCAAAUGGGUGAUACACUGGAGGCACUCGUCAAUUGUUUUUGGUUUGCAUGCUCUACGCAUUAUUCCUAAGGCUUACUGUAUUUGGCUUUGUUCAGCCUCACUUGAUGUUGGCUAUCAAGAAAUUGUUCAUUUUUUUUCCGUCA